AUGGCCGCCAUCGUUCUCAACACCCGGCCGCCCAUGUAUCUUUUCGGUUGGCGGUACCCCUACAAACAAUUCCUGCGACAAAUCAUAAACGCCCCAUACCUAACGCCUCAGGAGAUCUGGGAUUAUUCCGUCGCGGUGCCUUUUGCGGAGGAAUUUCCACAUCUCGCGAAGUAUGUCCCGCUACUGUACGUUGACCCAGAGACGCGGCAAUGCACGGUUAUCAUUGCCACCAAUUCUGAUGAGGAAAGUCGUGAGAUGGCGAAUAAUGAGGAAGUGAUCCAAGGUCUGCGCCCGAUUCUCAAAGAAUCUCGGGAGCCUUGCUGGUACCGUUACCCUUGA